AUGAAGACCGACAGCAUGCAAUUUAUCACGUUUGAUGACGCAGAUUUUCUGGAUCAAGACGCCACCGCUCUGGAGGAAAAGGUCCAUAUUCGCGUGCAGCAACGGAGUGGCAGAAAAUGCAUCACUUGUAUUUCAGGAUUGGCAGAAAGCUUGGACAUGAAACGCAUUUGCAAGGCUUGGAAGAAGAACUUUAACUGCAACGGAUCCAUUCAAAGAGAUGAGGAUACGGGACAACGAGUUAUUCAACUGAGCGGAGACCAACGCAUUCAAGUCCGGACAUUUUUGGUCGACGAACAGAUAUGUCGCGCCAAGAGCAUUGUGAUGCAUGGAUUCUAG